GCUUCCCUGCAGGGCGGCCACACAGGCAUGGCUGUGGGGUUAGCGACUGGUGCUUAGCACCUCCGACCACCUGCCUGCUGAGGGGCUAGAGCCCUCAGCCCAGACCCUGUGCCCCAGCCAGCCUCCCGUACAUGGAAUGGUGCUGUGCCCCUUGCCAACAGGCCAGGCUUGCCAUGGUGCCGCGUGCCAUCCUGGCGCGAGGGAGGGACGUGUGCAAGCAGAACGGACUACUCAUCCUGUCUGUGCUGUCUGUCAUCGUGGGCUGCCUCCUCGGCUUCUUCCUGAGGACUCGGCGCCUCUCACAACAGGAAAUUAGUUACUUCCAGUUCCCUGGAGAGCUCCUGAUGAGGAUGCUGAAGAUGAUGAUCCUGCCACUGGUGAUCUCCAGCUUGAUGUCCGGCCUCGCCUCCCUGGACCCCAAGACCUCCAGCCGCCUGGGCAUCCUCACUGUGGCGUACUACCUGUGGACCACCUUCAUGGCCGUCGUCGUGGGCAUCUUCAUGGUCUCCGUCAUCCACCCUGGCAGCGCGGCCCAGAAGGAGACCGCGGAGCAGAGCGGGAAGCCCGUCAUGAGCUCGGCUGAUGCCCUGCUGGACCUCAUCCGGAACAUGUUCCCAGCCAACCUAGUAGAAGCCACAUUCAAACAGUACCGCACCAAGACCACUCCGGUUGUCAAGUCCCCCAAGGUGGCACCAGAGGAGGCCCCUCCUCGGCGGAUCCUCAUCUAUGGGGUCCAGGAGGAAAAUGGCUCUCGUGUGCAGAACUUCGCCCUGGACCUGACCCCGCCGCCCGAGAUCAUUUACAAAUCAGAGCCGGGCACCAGCGAUGGCAUGAACGUGCUGGGCAUCGUCUUCUUCUCUGCCACCAUGGGUAUCAUGCUGGGCCGCAUGGGUGACAGCGGGGCCCCCCUGGUCAGCUUCUGCCAGUGCCUCAAUGAGUCAGUCAUGAAGAUUGUGGCGGUGGCAGUGUGGUACUUCCCCUUCGGGAUUGUAUUCCUCAUCGCCGGAAAGAUCCUGGAGAUGGACGACCCCAGGGCCGUGGGCAAGAAGCUGGGCUUCUACUCCAUCACGGUGGUGUGCGGGCUGGUGCUCCACGGGCUCUUCAUCCUGCCCCUGCUGUACUUCCUCAUCACCAAGAAGAACCCCAUCGUCUUCAUCCGCGGCAUCCUGCAGGCCCUGCUCAUCGCGCUGGCCACCUCCUCCAGCUCAGCCACACUGCCCAUCACCUUCAAGUGCCUACUGGAGAAUAACCACAUCGACCGGCGCAUCGCACGCUUCGUGCUGCCCGUGGGUGCCACCAUCAACAUGGACGGCACCGCGCUCUACGAGGCCGUGGCUGCCAUCUUCAUUGCCCAGGUCAACAACUACGAGCUGGACUUUGGCCAGAUCAUCACCAUCAGUAUCACAGCCACUGCGGCCAGCAUUGGAGCAGCCGGCAUCCCCCAGGCCGGGCUGGUCACCAUGGUCAUCGUGCUCACCUCUGUGGGACUCCCCACCGACGACAUCACCCUCAUCAUUGCAGUUGACUGGGCUCUGGACCGUUUCCGCACCAUGAUUAACGUGCUGGGUGAUGCACUGGCAGCGGGGAUCAUGGCCCACAUAUGUCGGAAGGACUUUGCUCGAGACACGGGCACCGAGAAGCUGCUGCCCCGAGAGACCAAGCCAGUGAGCCUCCAAGAGAUCGUGGCAGCCCAGCAGAAUGGCUGCGUGAAGAGCGUGGCUGAGGCCUCGGAGCUCACCCUGGGCCCCACCUGCCCCCACCACGUCCCCGUUCAAGUGGAGCAGGAUGAGGAGCCAGCCGCUGCGCGUCUGGAUCACUGCACUAUCCAGAUCAGCGAGCUGGAAACCAACGUCUGAGCCUGCGGUGCAGCAGGGGCGGGCGAGGCCUCCAGGGACAGGGUCCUGAGGCAGGAACUCAGCUCUCCAACCCUCCUGAGUGGCCGGCAGGGGCCAGGACCACAUAUUCUUCUCACUCUUGAGAGGCUGGAAUUAGCCCCACUUGAUGGAAAAUGGAGUCUCAAAGAAGGGAAAGGCAGCAUGGGGGAGCCCCAACCAGGGCGUGAUAAGCCCAGCACUGCCCGAGGCCCCACUGUGACAGUUUCCCCAUGUGAGCCCGGUGAGGGUGGCAGGCAGGGGUUAUCCGGCCCCACUUUCCAGAUGACAGAGUUGAGGCUCUGAGAGCUGAAAACACCUGUCCAAGGUCUCACAUUAAGGUCAAGACACUAACUCAAGUCUUUCAAGUCCCGCCUCUCCUCUUGGAGGACAGGGCAGCCUGUAGCUGUGUCCAGCCCCAGGCCUCACCCCAUAACAGGUGGCCUCAGCCAGACAGCUCUCCCUGCAGGGAGCAGCCCAGGGCCCAGCCCCACUGCCUUCCCCAGGCCACAGUGCGUCCACCCUCCUGUCCUGUCACUUGUCUCUUACAAAGCUCCCUGGAGGUGGAGGCGGAUGUCUUUACUAGAACUGAAAGUCCCCCUCGACACAUCCAGACCAGCCUCCCACAGGAUGCGUGGGCAAGCCAGGACUCCGGGAGGGAGGUGUAGCUGGAACGCACUGGUGGAGCUGCCAGUGGGGCCCUGGUGUCAGAACUCCCCAAAGGCCUGUGUGUCCAAGCGGAGUCGGGUUUUUUAUUCCUUUCUGUGUUUGCAAAUUCAGUGAUAACUAAAUAAAGGUGUUUUGUUUUUCA